AAUAAAAAACUGUAAAAGAGAGAGAGAGAUAUCUUGGAGAAGGGCUAUAAAGAAACAAGGGAAGAGAAAGAAAAAAGGUUUUGAGUUUUUCGAUCUCGAAGAGUGUUUACUGUGGAAAGAAAUAUUAGGGUUUUGAGCAAUAACUGAAGAAGAAGAAGAAGAAGAAGAAGAAGAAGUAAUAGUAAUAAUAAGAAGCAAUAAUAAUGAGUAGUGGAGGUGGUAAUAGUAGCAGCUUAAAGAAUGGAGGAGGAGGAGGAGUAUCAUCGAUACCAGCAACAUCAAAAAAGAUGGUACAGAGUUUGAAAGAGAUUGUAAACUGUCCUGAACAUGAGAUCUAUGCUAUGCUUAAAGAAUGCAACAUGGACCCUAAUGAUACCGUUCAUAGGCUACUCUCUCAAGAUACUUUUCAUGAGGUGAAGAGCAAAAAAGAAAAGAAAAAAGAGGUAACUGCAUGUAAAAAGACCAAAGAUCCUGACUCCCGCUCUCGAAUUGGUAACACAUCAAAUCGAGGAAGUAGGGGCACUCUAGACCGUAAUGCUGGACGUAGUGUAUCAUCUCAGUUCAGCUCAACUGACUCAGGUGCUUUGCGUGGUAAACCAGCAUAUAGAAAAGAAAAUGGUACUAACACUUAUCAUGGUUCUUCAACUUCUUCAUCGGGAAUGCCAGGCAGUAAUGUAAGCCGACACUCUACGUACAGCGAUGCUGUUAACGUUGAAAGUAAAGCACCACCUAUAUUUCCUUGUGAUAUCGUUUCUUCUUCAUCACAACCAACUCCAGCAUAUCAAUCUGCUUGGGCAGGUGUUCCAGGUCAUGUCUCGAUGGCUGACAUAGUGAAGAUGGGCAGACCUAAAGCCUCAACUAGACCAACUGUGGCUACUGAGACUUCUUACUCCAAACCUAGCGCAGUUGCUCCGAACACAUCAUAUUACAGUGGUAAGGAUCCUUUUCCAUCGGAAUGGGACGAGCCAAGCAACGUUGCAAGCCAACACGCAACUCACGACAAUUGGCCCUCGCCUGAACAGUCAGUUCCUAGUGGGUUACCUAUCUUAGAACAACCUGUCGACCAUGAGAUUUACAAUGACCCAUCUCUGGUACCCAACUUACAUGCUGAGAGAGCCGAUUUGCAUCUAAGUUCUCAGUCAGAUGAUUUCCGAAUAGCAAAGGGAGAUGUCAAUGUUGAAAACCUUAAUACGGAGUCCGAUCCUUCAUCCAGUAGACAUAUAGAGGAUGAUAGUGGUGCAGGAGGUGUAUCUCAACUUGAUAGUGAUGCGUUUGAUAACACGCACACCUACCAAUCUCACAGGCAUGCUUUUGACCAUCAGGAAGAAAGUGAUGACAACUCGCAAAUGUCCAAGCCAAAUUACUUAGGUUCUUCGGUUGAGGAUGUUCAUGUAGCAGUGUCAUCAGCUGCUGCUAACUUGCAACAAUUAAAUCUAUGGAAGGAGGAACAGUUGGGGCAGUCUGUGGAUGACAAUCCUUCAGUAAAGAUUCCAGAUCACCUGCAAGUUCCUACUGCGGACUGCUUGCACUUGAGCUUUGGUAGUUUUGGAUCAGGUAUUGGUGCUUCAUAUCCUGGACAAUUUGCAUCUAAGUCCCAUGAAAAUUCUCUGGAAGAUGCUUCUGCAGAAGCAGAUGUUUCAUCAGUUGCACAUUCAGAGGCGAGAAAUCCUGAAUAUUAUGGGGAAGAGCAGUUCAGAUCCAACUCAGAUGGGAAUGUAGCUUCUAAAAGUGCUGUCCCUGGAAAUUAUGAGUUACCUUCAUCAUCACAACCAGAGGCCAUGAAACAAGAUGCGACUGAAGCUACACAUGGACAUAACUACACCUUCGCCACUUCUGUGCCUGGCUAUGGCUUUGAAAACAUGGAGCCCAAUAGUUCGUUCUCUUAUGCACAUGCAAAUCAGAUGCAGAAUCUUGCAAGUCCUCAGAUGCAGAAUCUUGCAAACCCUCAGAUGCAGAAUCUUGCCCCCUUUUCAAGUGUUAUGCAUGCAUAUUCAAAUUCUUUAUUGGCUUCAACGGGUCAAGGUGCACGGGAAUCUGAUGUUCCGUACUCACCCUUCCAUGCAACACAGUCGAUGCCCACAAAGUACAGCAACUCAGUUUCUUCCAUAAGUGGUCCAACCAUUUCAAUGCCAGAGACUUUGAAGCCGGGUGUAUUUUCUACUCCUCAUCUAACGCAGCAGAAUCUACCUGGUAGCAGCAUUUCCACAGGACCUACACUUCCUCAACAUCUAACUGUUCACUCUUACUCUCAGCCAACACUUCCUUUGGGACCUUUUGCUAACAUGGUCGGCUAUCCUUUCUUGCAUCCGACAAGCUAUUAUAUGCCCUCGGCCUUCCAGCAAACUUACGGUGGUAACAACGCAUUCCAUCAUCAAUCCCCGGCUGCUGUACAUGGUGCAGGGAUGAAGUAUACACUUCCACAAUUCAAAAACGGUGUUCCUUCGAGCAGCUUUCCUCCAGCAGCUGCUAUUCCUUCUGGCCACGGAGGGUUUGCGGGUUCUGCUAACCUUCCCGGAAAUUUUUCACUGAAUCCAUCCACAACCCCUGCAAGCUCAACUACUGGCUAUGAUGAUGUUAUAAACUCCCAUUACAAAGACAACAGUCAUCUUCUUCCACUCCAACAGAACGACAACUCAGGUGUGUGGGUGCAUGGGCCUACUGGUUCAAGAACAGUAUCGGCAAUUCCUGCUAGCACAUAUUAUAGCUUCCAGGGCCAGGGUCAGGGUCAGGGUCAGGGUCAGGGUCAAGGCCAGGUUCAGGGUCAGCAUCAGCAUCAGAGUGGAUUUCGACAGGGUCAGCAGCAGCAACAACAGCAGCAGCAUUAUGGAAAUCUUGGGCACCCCAAUUUCUACCCUUCUCAGACAGGGGUCUCACAGGAGCACCAGCAGCAACAGACCCAAAAUGAUGGUUCCCAGGGUCAACAAUCUAAGCAAUCACACCAGAUAUGGCAGCACAGCUACUGAUUUUCCUCUCCCUUUGUGGUCUUAAAGGGUGCUUGUUGUGAGUUUAAAAGGUGGCCAAUCAGAUCAAUGCAUUAAUUUACACGGUUAGAUCAAUUAUACUCAAGUUUGCGCGUUCGUCUGAAUCUGAUCAACUGUACAUACUUUAAAAGAGAACCUGAAUUGGCUACUGCCCUGUGCCUUGAGGUUGUAUUUUGUUUUUAUAUGUCAGGGUUUCUUCUCUUAACAUAGGAGUACGUGUAGGACCACGUUCACUAGUCUGAGUUGGUGUUUAGUUUUCUUCUUCCUCCCUCUUGGGUUCUUCUUUUCCAAUAGUGAACAAAGGUUUUUAUUCCCUUUGAACAAACAUGUUCCUCUAAUGGUGAUCUUAUUAAAGAUAUCUAACCAUAGUUUGUUCUUUCA